AUGCACUGUCGCGCCCGCAUACGGCCCAAACCGCUUGCCCAGCAGCAGCGCCAGUACCACCGAGUUGGUGCCCUGCAUGGCUUGUCCUGCUGUGGUAGCCGUGUCGUUGCGCCCCAACACGAAGCCUGGGUGAAGGUGCACGACAUCGAACGGUGGCCUCUCACGCUCCAUCCACGCCUCGGCAUGGUGCAGCGCUGCAACCUUGGAUGCCGCAUAGGCCGCAAACUCGGAUUCGUACGGUCCAGGGGCAAACGGGAUGCGGUCAUUGGGAGACACAGGCUUGGAAGGGUCUCGCUUCCGUCUGCCCGUCAGCUCGUCCAUGGGAACCAAGGCAAUGAAGGAGCUGGUGAUCACGACACGACGGACCGUCCCACCGAGGUUGGCUGCUUCCAGGAGGCUGAUGGUACCGCGCACAGCUGGCUGGAUGAAAUGCGCAUCGUGUUGACUGAGCGCGUUAUCGUAAGCACCGGGGACCGUGAUAUCGGGCACAAUGAUGAAGGAGAGUCGGUGACCUGGGUUGAGUGCCUGGAUUUGUGGUCUUGCAAGAACAGCAGCAGCUUUUGCAUGGGAUCGAACGGCGGCCCGGACCCGAUAUCCCUCUCGAAGCAGUUGCACCAGAGUCCACGACCCUACAUGGCCCGUGGCCCCUGUUAUCAAUACCAAAUCUUUUGGCGAAACCAUAUUGUGUGUGAUCUGGGAGGUAUCAGACCAGACAACGAGGGUGUCCGUCGGCGGCAUAUAUACAACAGCAACAAAACCCCCCCCCCGCCGGGGCGUGCCAAGACGAUUGGGUACCCUUUCGGAGACAAGGCAGAGAGACCUGGUGUCUCGUUCCAAAGGGCGCGGCUCUCUGGCACCGCCUGUAUUGCUGUGGCCAGACCCGCCAACCAUGGUACUCAGCUGAGCGCUAGUGGGCGCCAACGGGACAGCCGACCAGUGGCGUGGCGUGAAAUCUCAGUCGACCGCAUGCUAACAUGCGCACCUCAGGAACUUGUGAUGAUGGAGUCUAGACUCCAGCUGCUCGCCGAGUUUGACGCCUCCUCACUCGUGUCGAGUUGUCGUUAUCGCUUCUCCAUCCGUCCGCAACACAUCAAGAGGCUAGGAGCAUCGCUGACGGAUCAUCGCCCUCUCCUGGGACUGGCCUGCGAGCUAAACCGUCUCAUGCCGUCACCGCCCAUGCUGGUGGCUCCUGGCAAAUUUGGGACGAUGUGGCUUGCCAGCCACGCAAGCUUGACAUGUGAGGGCUUCAUGUCUGAGGGGGAGGGUCGUUUAUCGGAGUCUGCCGCUCCGACAUCCGACCUGCAAGACAUUUUGGUCCCAGCCUGA